GAUUAUCCAAUGCCGUCGCACAAUAACAUAUUGGUACACAAUGAUGGAUUUGUAAAAGGGGUUAAGAAACAACUGAGAGCAAUAUUUGUUUUAAGUAAUUGUUUGUUAAUUUCAGGCUUGAGCACCGGAACUUUUGUUCGUCGUGUCGGCGGCCCCACUACGACAGAAUUCGUUGACGGACUGUGUACAUACCAACGUGUGUGAGCCAGAAACAGUACCGGGAUAAAUGUACAUACCGUUCUAUGACACAGCUUUAUUACUUUACUAAAUUAAAGUUUGGUGUUUGUGUAACUAGCGGUAUAGCCAGAUAUUAACGCACGAAGUAAACGGGUUUCCAAGAAGUAUCUAACUUGCUGGUUAAUUUGCUUGUGUGUCGGACUAACACUACAGAUGGCAUCACAGUGACCACCCUCAUGUUGAUUGGAAGGGCCUGCGGAUUUAGUGGACGUGUCAGGUCUUGUUUCAUCAAACCUUUGGCCAGUUUUUCUUUCAGUUCCAGCAACAUGGCCAAGAGCAAGUUUGAGUAUGUCCGCAACUUUGAAACAGACGACACAUGUCUACGAAACUGCUACAUUGUUGUGAGACUGGAUGGGCGUAACUUCCACAAGUUUGCAGAGCAGCACAAGUUCACAAAACCCAAUGAUAACAGGGCGUUGGGCCUGAUGACCCGGAGUGCACGCUCUGUCAUGGAGGAACUAGAGGAUAUUGUCAUUGCUUAUGGUCAAAGUGACGAGUUCAGCUUUGUGUUCAAGAGGACCUCAACCUGGUUUAAGAGGAGAGCCAGUAAGCUCAUGACCCAUGUGGCCUCCCAGUUCUCCUCCUCAUAUGUGUUUUACUGGAAGGAGUUUUUUGGGGAACAACCCCUCUUGUACCCCCCAGGCUUUGAUGGACGCGUGGUCCUGUAUCCUAGCAACCGCAACCUCAGAGACUACCUCAGCUGGAGGCAAGCAGAUUGUCACAUAAAUAAUUUAUACAACACAGUGUUUUGGACUUUAGUACAACAGGGGGGACUCACCACAGCCCAGGCAGAGGAUCGCCUAAAGGGAACGUUAGCUGCAGACAAAAAUGAGAUCCUGUUCUCUGAGUUUGAUAUAAACUACAACAGUGAAUCUGCUCUCCACAGGAAAGGCACCACUCUCAUCUGGGAAAAGCGAGAUGAAACCGUCACCAAACGCAUGAAGCUACCAAACGAAGAGGAGAAGGACGUGGCUGUAACUCGCAGCAGGAGGAGGGUGGAGGCACACAAUUGCGACAUCAUAGGAGACCAGUUCUGGGAGAAACACCCAGACAUCCUGGAGGACGACAACUGCUAACAGCUCCUGUGCUGCGGAGAAAAAUACUGUGGACAGAGUCUAACUGGAAUGGUUAAAGUGGACCGAAACAGCUCAAUGUUUACUGAUGUAGAUGAACAUGUGCACCAAGCAACACCAUGAUGCUUAGUGACCUUGAAUCCCCGAACAGAAGACUGAAGCCUUUGUACAAUUACGCUCUCACAGCUGUAUUAAACUUCUGUCAUAAUGUUCCUGUAAAGUUUUCUGCUUAAAUCAAUGGUGAUGUCUGUCAUGUUCAAAGGGAAGCAGAUGAUUUCAUAAUCUUCUAGCAGUGGGUGAUGAGGACAUACCAGCAGGUUGAUACUGACCCAAACAUCCUGCCACUCCCAGUCUAGUACGUGCAGCUCUCCUAAAGUUGCUUUUCCAAAAAUACAUCCUCAUUUGAUAUCAUGAAUAAUAUUUAGAAUACUACCAUCACUCGAUCUCUCAGCAUAUUUAACAUGACUCUGCUUGGCCCAAUGUUUUUUGCUGGGGUUUUAUCUGUGUGUUGGCGUUUUUGAAUCUCAACUAUCCUUUUUGUUCAGGAAGCAGAGUUCCUGAAUUUUAAUGAUUCAUGGAAGUCCUAUCUGCAAAGUGUUCAAUAUCACUUACAGUUUGUAGUAAGAAAGAGCAAAUCUGAGAUAGAAAUAAGCAGAGUAAAGCAGAAACCAAUCCCUUGGCAGGAACGAGUGGCCUUGUCUUGCAGCCAGGACACCAUUUAGAGAUGUGAAUGGAUUCGGCGGCCUGCACUGUCAUCAGUGCUAAGAAUACCUCACACACCCUGCGUACACUCUAUCCUUCUGACAUGUGCCCUGUGGCAUAUUUAUCAUCGCACUUAUAAGUGACCGGCUCAGUAUGAAUGGCUGCUGGGGCUUGAAGUGGUAGAAGCCAACUGUAUUUUGAUACUGUAGUAGGCUCGGUUACUGUCAGGUAUUAGAGUCGUAUUUUUGGUCUCCUGACCUUGUUUAAAGCAUGUAGCUUCUCUACUGUACUUUAUGUAACCAUGAUUCAACUCUUCUCUUCACAUUUUGGAUGAAAUUCUUUCGAAGAAGCCUGUCUGUUUUACAAAGACUUCUAAAAUGAGUUAAACAAUUAACAGCUAAAUUAAUUAAGAUGUACAAAGACACAUGAUCACAGAAGUUCCUGUUUUCCUAGUGACAUAAACCAGCUGUGCUUAGAUUACUUGGACUGUUGCCUACACAUCCAAUGACUCGACAUAAGGUCUUAUAGUAUAGACAGUCUCUUAGUAACCGUAACGUGUUGAGGCAAGUGGUCCAGUUAUUUAAAGAGAGCAUGUGUUUACAUGCAGGUUCUAAACUUAAGCCUGGUGGGCUACCGGAUGGAAAAAAACACAAAUAGUCUACACUACUUGAAUAAAAUUGUGCAUGUAUAGAGUUCCUGUCCUCGGUUCUGAUUGGUUGCGUUACCACUGACAGGUAAGCUGCAUUCAUAUAAUAUUGUCCAGACUGCAGUUAGGAGCAAACUAGUUGGAAAAAAAUGUUCUCUUAAGCCUUAGAAACAGCAGAGGUGUUGUCAAUAUGGAUGCAAAGCCACCAGCAUUAACAGGAACAGCUAAGUAAAAUCCACUGUAAUAUAAAAAUAACCAAUUCAGAUAAUUCAAAAGGAGAUACUGUUUUUAUGUGUUUCCACUUGUUCCAUCAAGACCUCUAAAUAUUUAACAGUAACUGAUCAAGGGAAUUUUAAUGUUUUGACGACAAGGCUAGCAUUUGGUAUAGCCAUCUUGGAAUAUUGCCUGAACAUUCCCAAAUCAGAAUAUUGGGAAGUUUUUUUUUUUAAUUCUGUUAACAUUGCUAAUGAUUUAAAGCAUUCAUUUUCACACAUAAAUAACAGGAUAGAUAGUAAUAAGAUGUUCUAAUUGGGUUGUAAAGGUGUAAAAAAAAUUGUUUUCAGUGGAUCUGAGGUGGAAGAGGAUAACUGAUGAGGCUCGGACUUGGAGACUACACAUUUAUAACAAACCCAAAAUGUGGAGUUUGUAAGACUAGUGAAGUGCCUGUUCAGAACAGGCGUAUUGAUUGGCCUGCAGUAUUGGUUCACACUCAGCACUGCACUUCCUUGGGUCCUGAGCAGUACACCCGCCAUGACAUAGUUGUGUCCCCUAAUGCUCGAGUAAACACGUCAUCACCUAACCAUGAGCUAUCUGGGACCAGGCUAUAUCUGGGAUCAAAAGCUUUCCUUCCAAAAGUUACA